AUGAAGACCUCAUGUAAGACAGAGACGUACCGACUAGGGCUCCAGGUGGUUUUAGUCAAAUGUUGUAUUGACAAAAGGGCCAGUCCUUAUCAACAGCAACAGUUCCAAGGAGUAGUGAGUUCCUGGAAUUAUGUAUUUGGAGCUAAAACACAGGUGAAAACCUUGUUGUUCUUGGAUCUGACUUUCCCAUAUAAAUCUGGGAAUGAAUUUACCACCGACUCAAUAUCAGAGAUGAAGAAUAAGAUCACUGAUGAGGACUAUCAGAUACUCUCUAGGAACCUCACCAUGGUCACUGAAUUCUUAUUGCUGGGAUUUUCUGACUUUCAGGAAUUGCAGUUUGUUCUCUUUGCUAUUUUUUUCUGCCUCUACCUGCUCAUCCUGGGUGGAAACAUCACCAUUAUCAUCACAGUCCGCCUAGAGCACAGCCUCCAUACCCCAAUGUACUUCUUCUUGGCUGUCCUUUCUUUUUCUGAGACUUGUUAUACCUUUACCAUCCUACCCAAGAUGCUUCUCAACCUCCUAUCUGUGCUCAGGACAAUAUCGUUCAUCAGUUGUGCCAUCCAAAUGUUCUUUUUUCUUGGAUUUGCAAUCAACAACUCCCUGUUGUUGGGUUUGAUGGGUUAUGAUCGCUUUGCCGCCAUCUGUCACCCUCUGCGCUACCCAGUUCUCACGAGCUGGUGGAUAUGCAAGGUGAUGGCAGCAACUUGUGGUGUAGCAGGUUUUAUGAUUUCAUUGCUGGGUACAUUUCUGGUCUUCAGCCUACCAUUCUGCAACUCCAAUAGGAUUGAUCACUACUUCUGUGACAUUGCACCUGUCAUUCAUCUUGCUUGUGGGGAUUUCUAUAUCAAUGAGGUGAUCAUAUUCAUUGGUGGGGUUGUGACACUCAUGGUCCCCUUGACUUUCGUCUGUAUCACCUAUGGUUUCAUUGUCAGAACUAUCAUGAGGAUCCCAUCAACUGAAGGGAAAAAGAAAGCUUUUUCUACCUGUGCCACCCAUCUCAUAGUGGUUGUGGUCCACUAUGGCUGUGCAUCUUUUGUCUACUUGAGGCCUUCAUCCAAGUACACAUCUAGCAAGGAUCGGCUGGUGACAGUGACUUAUACCAUCAUCACCCCCUUGUUGAAUCCUUUACUUUACAGCCUUAGGAACAAGGAUGUUCAGAUGGCCAUUCGAAAGGUGAUAAGCUGGGGAAAAUUUUCUCUUAAAAACAUAUAA